AUGGUGAACCACACAAACCAUGCACGUUGUGACUAUUUUAGUCCAUACAACGCCUUUCGUAAUUUGCAUAUUGUUCCAAUCUUAGUAGUAUUAUAUCCAGGAGGAGUGUCCAUAUACACCUCCUUCAUGAGUUCUCCAUGUAGGAAAGCAUUCUUUACAUCAAACUGGUGUAAUGGCCAAUCUAAAUUAGCUGCGAGGGACAGUAAGACUCUGACUGUAUUCAAUUUUGCUACUGGUGCAAAGUGUCGAAGUCUGAUUCUUCUCAAGAACUUUCAUCUCUUCCUGUAUAGGUUGAACCCACUUAGGAUCUCUCAAUGCUUUAGCAACCUUGGUUGGGAUAUGAAUAGCAGAGAACUAAUGCACAAGGGCCAUGAGUAG